AUGUUGUUGUUCUGUCCGACGUGCGGGAAUGUGCUGAUCGUGGAGGAGGGACAGAAAUGCUAUCGGUUCGCCUGUAAUACCUGUCCAUAUGUGCACAACAUAAACCGCAAGGUCACUAGCAGAAAGUAUCCCAAACUCAAGGAAGUUGAUGACGUUUUGGGAGGCUCUGCAGCUUGGGAAAAUGUUGACUCAACUGCAGAAACCUGUCCGAAAUGUGAGCAUCCACGUGCCUAUUUCAUGCAGAUCCAGACCCGUUCAGCUGAUGAGCCAAUGACUACAUUUUAUAAAUGCUGCAAUUUACAGUGUGGACAUAGAUGGCGAGAUUAA